AAAGCCCUGUCCCCUAGCCAGACCUUAGAGAGGAGGUAGAAGCUCAAUGCUAGGAGCUCCUCAGUUUGCCCCGGAAUGUCCCAACCUCUUUUAGUUACCCCGAAACCAGAAACAACGCUGCUGUCUGUCCUCUGUCCACUCCUCCUAGAUCCCAGGAGGAGAGGAGCAGAGAAAAACGGACAAGGUCAUCACCGCCGGCACAAGAAGCACAAGAAGGUGGCUUUGGGCGUCCUUUCUUUCCCCAGGCCUCUCCUGCUGUCUGCUUUCUCCCCUCUCUCCUCACAGAAACAUCCGAGGACCUCUUUUGUUGAAGUGGCACAAAAACAAAGCCUGGUGUCGUCACUGUGGGUGCCAGACAAGGAAUUUUCGUCAACUGAGGAAUCCUGAGUAGGGUGGAAGUUGAAGUCUGUAGCGACUAGGCUCCACACCUUCCUCCCAUCUUCCCUCCCUGCCCGGAAAUCCUCCAGGUGUCAGCUGCUGUCCUCCGCUGAGGUGGGAUUAUCUAGGCUCACGCAGGCCUUUUCCUGAGUGUCAGCUGCACCUGCUUUGCGAGGGAUUAUCUAGGCCCUCACAAGCCUCUCUCCUACCUGCAGCAUGGAUGUCUCUCUGCUCCUCAACGUGGAGGGAGUCAAGAAGACCAUACUGCAUGGAGGAGUGGGGGAGCUCCCCAACUUCAUCACUGGCUCCCGAGUGACCUUUCAUUUCCGAACUAUGAAGUGCGAUGAGGAGCGCAUAGUGAUUGACGACAGCAGGCAGGUGGGCCAGCCCAUGAGCAUCGUCAUUGGCAACAUGUUCAAGCUGGAGGUGUGGGAGACCCUACUGAUGUCCAUGCGGCUCGGAGAGGUGGCUGAGUUCUGGUGUGACACCAUCCACACAGGGGUCUACCCUAUGUUGUCCCGCAGCCUGCGGCAGUUGGCUGAGGGCAAGGAUCCCACAAACUGGCAUGUGCACACGUGUGGGCUGGCCAACAUGUUUGCAUACCAUACUCUGGGCUAUGAGGACCUGGAUGAGCUGCAGAAGGAGCCACAGCCUCUCAUCUUCCUGAUCGAGCUGCUGCAGGUGGAGGCCCCGAAUGAGUACCAGAGGGAGACGUGGAACCUGAAUAAUGAAGAAAAGAUGCAGGCUGUGCCUCUCCUUCAUGGGGAAGGCAACAGGCUCUACAAGCUGGGCCGCUAUGAUCAGGCUGCCACCAAGUACCAGGAGGCCAUCGUGUGCCUGAGGAACCUUCAGACCAAGGAGAAGCCCUGGGAGGUUGAGUGGCUGAAGCUGGAGAAGAUGAUCAACACGCUGAUCCUCAACUACUGCCAGUGUCUGCUGAAGAAGGAGGAGUACUAUGAGGUCCUGGAGCACACUAGUGACAUUCUACGACACCACCCAGGGAUUGUGAAGGCCUACUAUGUGCGCGCACGCGCCCACGCGGAGGUGUGGAACGCUGAGGAGGCCAAGGCGGACCUGGAGAAAGUGCUGGAGUUGGAGCCAUCCAUGCGCAAGGCUGUGCUCAGGGAACUGCGGCUGUUGGAGAGCCGCCUGGCAGACAAGCAGGAGGAGGAACGGCAGCGUUGCCGGAACAUGCUGGGAUAGGCUGGGCUGGGCCGGGCUAGGUUAGACUAGGCUAGACUGCCUUAGGUUGGGUAGGAGCUGCAGGAUGAAGCACUGGGCUGAGGGCUGGGGCUAUGGACUGGGGCACUGUGCCCACACUACUCUACUUGCUGCAUGGCGCCCCAGGGGCAGUGUCCUUGGCUAUUAGGAGGCUGCCAGUAACUCCUCUUCACUCCAACAACUUGUGGCCCACCAGUGUAGCAGGCAUAGUCUGGGCAUUCCUGGUUCAAUCAAUCAGGGCUUAGAUGUCACGUUUUAGCACAUAUUUAUGUUAAAUUAUAUUAAGACUAAAUUCUGAGGGUUUGGGAUAUAGCUCAGUGGUAGAGAGCUUGUUUAGCAAACCUGGAGUCCUGGGAUUGAUCUCCAGUAUAAAUAAAUAGUUAUACACAUACAUAAAUGCAUUUUGUGGGAUCAAAGUCAUAGCUGUCCAUGGGAAAUCAAAAGCACCCUCCGAAGGCCCCCAAAUUAACAAAGGGCACAGGAAAGCUACCAUUCUUCAGCUCAGGCGUAAUAAUCAAACUUAUUUUAACCUGUGUGUUUAUAUGCUGCUUGUAUACAGGUUUCCAAGGAGGCCAGAUGAGGGCUUGCAGUCCUAUAAAGCUAGAGUUACAGGCGUCUGUGAGCUGCCCUUUGGAUGCUGGGAACCAAAGUCAGGUCCUCUGGAAGAGCAGCAACUGCUCUUAACUGUUCUCCAGUCACAAAUUAAAAAUAUUUUUAAUUAGCA